AUGGCGAAGACGAAGACUACCAGUGCAGAACAGCUGAAGAAAUGUCCAUUCUGUUCCUUUAAAAGUAGAAGUCACUCGGAAUGGAAAGACCACAUGGCCGAUUGUUAUGAAACCAGACACUUUUGUAGACGAUGUGAUUAUUCGACGGACAAGAAAGUCAACUACAUCCGGCAUCUAAAGAGAAACCAUCCACACGAAGUUGAGAAAGGUCAAGGCAGCCAACAGUCUGAUAAUGCAGAGGGUAUUAAAUCCAGUGAAGAUAGUUUAUCUAGAGAUCUCCACGAGGACGAGUCUUCAGAUGAAGAGGAGUGGCUCUCACAGGAACCCGACAUAACCAUUGACGAAGAACCGGGUACCAGUGGACCUUCACCCUGUGAGAAAGCCGUCGACCCUACUGUUAGAAAGAGGACUCAACCCAUGCCCGUGUAUACACCUGACCGUUGUAAGACACCGAGGCUGGAUGACAAGACAAAUGACCCCACAUGCAAAGUUGCAGAUAAGGCUGUUCAGACAGAUCCAGUUGUAUAUACCAAGUCGAUCAAGACAACAACCAUUGUCCGGGAGCACGGACGCAAGACAAUCACUGUGAAGAGGGAAAAGAUGCUGUAGAUCAUCGGCAUAUUGACUUGUUAAUUUUUACUUACUUAUUGUUUGUUCUGACAGUAGAAUCAUGCGGGACGCAUAUUCUUAAGGGGAGGGAAGUGAAACGGUUGAAAGAGUUAUCUUCCCUUGUUUGUAUUUUUAUUAUCAGUAAUUAUUGUAAGUAGUGUUAUUAAAAUGUCAAAUGAUUAAAAGAGUGA